CAAGAACCAAGUCAUCUCUGUGAUGAUGCCUCAUCUAGUACGACCAUGAAAAGGAAACAAUCUUCUCUUCAUUAAAUUCUCUUCUCUCUCUUCAAAUUGUACACAUAUCCAAAUCCACAAGCUGGAUCGGUAGGCGUAAAGCUAUUUUCUUCCUACUCUCUCUACAAAAGACAAAACGUUACGAUAUUCUCUCAACCCAGGUCCCAAACUCUAUAACCCACAAAGCCGAAGAUCUCUCCCGUCCCAACCCAUCUUCAGUCUUCACGUACUCUGCUCGAAUUCUUGUGAAUCUUGGCUUUAUAGUCCCUAUCUUGGGUGUUUGUUAUUUUGAUACACAGAAGCUUUGAAAUCAUCUGGGUCUGUACCAAUCGGAAUUAUGAGGAAGAGAGAGAGGGAAAACCCUUGUGGAGUUUGUGGGCACUAUCACAAGUACGAAGAGGGCGAGGUUUGUGGGAUUUGCGGCCACCGCAUGCCGGCGGUGUCAGAGAAAACUUCACUGCAAGUCAGUGCUUUUCCGUCGGAGAUCUUGCCGGAGUUUCUUUAUCUGGGAAGCUAUGACAAUGCGUCGAGGUCGGAACUUCUCAAGACCCAGGGGAUUUCUCGUGUUCUUAAUACGGUGCCUUCUUGUCAAAAUCUUUAUAAGAACUCUUUUACUUAUCAUUGUCUCCAAGAUGACAAAAGCUUACAAUUUGAUGAUGCCAUCCAAUUUCUAGAGCAAUGUGAAAGGGAUAGGGCACGUGUUCUUGUCCACUGCAUGUCUGGAAAAAGCAGAUCGCCAGGUAUUGUGAUAGCUUAUUUGAUGAAGAGCAAAGGAUGGAGACUUGCACAGAGUUACCAAUGGGUGAAAGAUCGGAGACCACCUGUUGAAUUAACUCAAGCUGUCUACCGGCAAUUACAGGAGUAUGAGCAGAAGAUCUUUGGGUUGAUUGAGAACAACACGGCGGUCUUGCCAGUCUUCACGUCAUCGGCCAUCCCAUCCUUUAGCUUUGGCAUCCCAAAGCCAAACGAUCCGGUCCCUCUCCCUGCUUUCAACAGCCUCAGUGCUCCGUCCAUUUUCGCUCGUCCACCAUUAGACAUCGCUCCUCACGAGUUCACUUUUGGUGCAGUCCAAACUCAUCAGAAUCCAUCUGGAGUCCGUUUUGGGGAAAACCAGCCUAACCCAAAUAGCAACGAUAUUGCUAUGGAUGGUUCGUGAUUUCAAUGUGCUUCAUUUUAUUCCUUCUCCGAUAUGAAUCAUCCUUGAUCAGAGGUCAGUGAUUCCUAACUUUUGACAAUGUUUUAUCCGAAAGUUUGAAUGUAAAAGUGGGAACAAGUACUAGACCUUUUGGUUUGUAAGGUAUGACAUAGAAAACAUUGUGGGUUGCCUUUCUUGAAUCAAAUGUGAUGAAAGUGUAAGGAUCUCAUUUCUCAGUACUAUACAAAAAUUACAAAUUUUUUUUUUU